AUGACGCAAUCCGACUGCGCGCGGAGCUGGGCGGGGCGCGAGCAGGCGGUGGGUGCUGGGCGGGUCCGCGGCGCGGUUGGUCGGCGCUUGUUCUUCGGUUCGUCCGCGAUUGACGGAACUUCAUUAGAGAUGUCUAAGCAACAACCAACUCAAUUUAUAAAUCCAGAAACUCCUGGCUAUGUUGGAUUUGCAAAUCUUCCCAAUCAAGUUCAUCGAAAAUCGGUGAAAAAAGGUUUUGAAUUCACACUGAUGGUGGUCGGUGAAUCGGGCCUGGGGAAGUCGACGCUCAUAAACAGCCUGUUCCUGACCGACCUCUACCCGGAGAGAGUCAUACCUGGAGCCGCAGAGAAAAUUGAAAGAACUGUCCAGAUUGAGGCUUCAACUGUUGAGAUAGAAGAGCGAGGGGUCAAGUUGCGCCUGACAGUGGUGGACACGCCCGGCUACGGGGACGCCAUCAACUGCAGGGAUUGCUUCAAGACCAUCAUCUGCUACAUCGAUGAGCAGUUCGAGCGGUACCUGCACGACGAGAGUGGGCUGAACCGGCGGCACAUCGUCGAUAACAGGGUGCACUGCUGCUUCUACUUCAUCUCCCCCUUCGGACACGGGCUGAAGCCCUUAGAUGUGGCGUUCAUGAAGGCCAUACACAACAAGGUGAACAUUGUGCCCGUCAUCGCAAAAGCCGACACUCUCACCCUGAAGGAGCGGGAGCGCCUGAAGAGAAGGAUUCUGGAUGAAAUUGAAGAACACAGCAUUAAAAUCUAUCACUUACCUGAUGCAGAGUCAGAUGAAGAUGAAGAUUUUAAAGAGCAGACCAGGCUUCUCAAGGCCAGCAUCCCCUUCUCCGUGGUUGGAUCCAAUCAGCUGAUCGAAGCCAAGGGCAAGAAGGUCCGAGGCCGGCUGUACCCCUGGGGCGUCGUGGAGGUGGAGAACCCGGAGCACAACGACUUCCUGAAGCUGAGGACGAUGCUCAUCACCCACAUGCAGGACCUGCAGGAGGUGACCCAGGACCUUCACUACGAAAACUUCCGGUCCGAGAGGCUCAAAAGAGGCGGCAGGAAAGUGGAAAAUGAGGACAUGAAUAAAGACCAGAUCUUGCUGGAAAAGGAAGCUGAGCUCCGCCGCAUGCAGGAGAUGAUCGCAAGGAUGCAGGCGCAGAUGCAGCUGCAGAUGCAGGGCGGGGACAGCGAUGGCGGCGUUCACGGGCACCACGUGUAAGGUAACGAACGGGCCUGGACAGCGGCCAGUAGGUCCUGGAGCUCCGUCCUUCACCCCUGCUGGCCCAGAGGGGACAGGUUGCUCCUGAAGAGACAGAAGCUUCGCCACCCCUCCCGUCCGGGGAGGGUUUCAUGUUGCCUGAGCUUAUAAAUGUGGCAAGGCUUUCCUUCCCUCCUCCCUGCUGGGGCUUCUCUCCCCACGGAAGCCGCGCUCCUGGUCAGUGGAGGGCAGCGCACCCACGUGCCCGCACACAGACACGCUCACAGGACUCGGAGAAGCAGUCGCCCGGGUCCCCAGGUGGCUGAAGGACCUGACAAAGGACGCGGAGCACGGGGCCCCCAGGGUGAGGUCUGAGAGGGUCCCCAGUUCCAGAGCUUCUGUCCCCGAGGAGCUGGGGUACGUCAGCAACCCGGACGCUCUCCAAGCCCCCACUUUGGGCACAGGCUCCUCUCGCCUCUCUGGAGAGGCUCCCGAGCUGGAAAUGACAGGCUUUUGUCGUGGCUCUUUCUGGGGACCACCUCCGUCCAGGAGCCCUGGUCAGGAGCAGAGGCAGGACUUGGCCUGAGACGCUCCCAGUGCCCUUCCCACCUUGGGGGCGCCGGAUUCGAAGCGUGUGCAGGGCCGCCAGAGACCAGGCACUACGGUUCACGCUCAGACAAGGUGGAAGGAAAAGUGCGUCAGAACAGCUCUUGUUGGUGCUACAGUUAGAAGGGUGUCAGAGCCAAAAGGAUCUCUUCCCAGAGCGUUUCUAAGCGUCUCUGAACCCGCUUAGACGCGGUGGAGACGGGGCGGAGGGCGGGGUUGUGCCCGGCUCAGGGGCACCGUGUCAGAGACGGCUGCCCUGUGCCCCGCCACGACUCCGCUCCGACCACCGCACUCCCUGGGACCCGUGGACGUCUGGCUGUGUAGACUGGCCGCCCUGCCUGCGGGGGCUCUGCAGACACCAGGGGCCCAGGACGAGGAAAAGGCCAGUGUCCCGUCCCUGCCGCCUGCGGACACUCAGGUGGCUGCCACCUCCACCCCGAGAGGAUGAGGGAAGGGGCCAGCGGAGGAAGCGGUUCCGUGGGGUUGGGGAGGGGGCCCAGAGCUGGGGGGCCGCUGGGGUGCCGGUGGCAGGGACCCGGCUCUAGGGCAGGAGGUGCUGUCAUGGCGUGAGUGACCGCACGCUGAGCUGACACUGAGGACCACGGAGAUGGAAGUCAGACAUCUCCGGAGACCCAGGGAGGAACGAGGGCCUGUGGGGGCGGCUCCGGGCCUUGGUCUCGAAGCCCAGCCCUUGCCUUUCUGCGGCGUAUUGGGAAAGGUUUUAGUUGUGAAAUACAUGGACAAAAGGACGCCAACACACACUACAGAGUAACCACUUUUUCUGUGGGGGUGUUUGGGUUUGUUUGUUUGUUAUUGUCUAUUUUAGGGCUGCACCCUCCCAGCACAAGGAAGUUCCCAGGCUAGGGGUCGAAUCCGAGUUGUAGCCGCCGGCCUACACCACAGCCCACAGCAACGCCAGAUCCGUAACCCACUGAGCAAGGCCAGGAAUCGAACCCGCAUCUUGAUGGAUACUAGUUGGGUUCAUUACAGCUUCGCCACCACGGGAGCUCCCACCCUUUAAGGGAGCACCCACGGAAGCCCACCUGGCCAGAGUCAGUUGGUUUUCUUUUGUUGUUGUGUUGAAUCCUUAGAACAUCUCAGGGGGUGCCAAGUUCCCACUUGGCUGAAAAGGACAUGGAUGCUGGGCCAGUGUUUAAAACAACCUGCCUUUGGGCACAGCCCUUGUUAAUUCUCUGACCUCCUGAGUCCAGAGCACGGGCAGCUUUGGCACCUCACGGGGGAUGGGGUGGGGGCUAUUGAUGGUAAAAUGCAGAGAAGCUUGACUCCUGGAGGGUGGGGUUCACUUGAGGCCGGAAGGAGCGAGAGACACCAGCUCAUUAGCUCUGAUCUUGCUGCUUCUCUUUUUAAAACUUUAGUCAGGGAAUUACAAGACGUCUCCUUCUGGCACAUGAAAUUAACUGUAUUUCUGUAUACGUCUCGGUUCUGUGGGACUCCUGAUUUCUCAGAGCUUCGCAAGUGGCAUUUUGAUUUCCGUCGACUCUGGCCUGAGCCGCCUUCUGCUCCGUCUGUGGCCUCUGUUGCUGUGCGGAAAGAAUGGUGCUGCUCACUGCCCAGGGCGUAGGCGCUGCGUCCCUCCCACUUCCACGCGUUGUGUUUUGUUUUCCAGGAACCAUCUCGCAAGACCCACAUUCCGAUGAGCGGCACAGCUGCGUGUUCUCACGGCGGCUGGAAGGGUGCCAUCCACGGUCUAUAGUACCUGUGCCUGAGAAACUAAUUUUUCAGAAACUUUCGAGGUGUUACUUUGUAUGAAGUAUCUUAACAUUUAUGUUUCAUUAUGUUAUACUUUCUUCUUUCUUUCCUCCACCGCAACUAACCACUGACCUUAGCAUCGAUUCCCGGGGCCUUCAGCAUGUAGAGUAAAUCACUGAAUUCGACUCGGCUGGCCUCACCACCCAGCCCCGAUUUGUUUCUAGAAGCAGACAGAUUUCCCGGACUGUUCUGAGUGGUGCGGAGGGACGGGCUGACCUGGCGCAAGGCUGUCCACUCACCAGGUCGCCACGUGAGCUUGACUUCCUGGCUUCUGUUGGAGCCCAACACCUACAACCAGUUUUGCUGCUUUAACUCAGAACUGAUGAUUCACCUGCGUGUUGAUCUGUUUACCAAAUGAAACAGUUUUCUAAUGAGAUACAUGUUUAUACUUAAAUAGCUUUUUCUAACGUGGGCUUUUGGGGUGAAUUUUUUAACAAGCCUCUGGGUUCCGAUGCUAGGUCAUUUUUUUAAACCGCUAUGCAUAGAACUCUCCACCAGCCACGUUCUGUAGAGUAGGUCACCAAUACUAGUUUAUUCUGCUCCAGGAAAAAGCCCUGCGUCCACGAGCAGCAGUUUUCACGGUGCAGCUAAGAUUCCGACCUACACGGUGAGAGGCAGUAAGCGGUUUCCACUCAACUAAAUUUAAAACAUGACUUAAGGAAAAUUAACAAGUGAUUGUGCAGAAACCACCUUGGUAAUACUUUACACUGCAAUCUUGAAUGUGCUUUGUGUAACGGCGGCGGUUCUAGAGGCCCCGCCUGGGCUGUGGGAAUCAGGGUCCUUCGGCGGCAGCCCUGGGGCCUCCGCCCCACGGAUCCUGAAACACACCCGGGUUUUCCUCACGGUAACGUUCUAAACAGCGUCCAGGCGGAUAGCAGUGAUCCUUGCUCUGUGCAGACCGUCUGUCCGCGUGCUGUGUGAGAAUGGAGGGUCUUUCAGAUGCGCGCCGGGGCUGGCUGGCCGGUGCCCCCAGUCGAGGCUGCCCCCGGAUGGGUUUGUGUGCUCUGCGGCCCCGUCCCGGCCCUGUCCUCCCGCCCAGGGGCCAAGGUGCUGAUACUUCUGCUGCCUCGGGAGGUGGGGCCCAGAAAGUGACAGCUGGACGCUCUGGGAGGAGGUGGUGCUGGUUCCGUUUUCUUUUCGCCAGAACAGGAGAGAAUGUGUAUCACUCCAAGGAUGAGGAGGGUGGCUUUUGCCAGAGAGGAAGAAAAGCGGGGUGGUCGGAGCACCUUCGAGUCACAAGGGUGUCCUGCAGAGGCUGCCCUCCUCCAGACCUCCUUCCUGUCGCCUGCCUGCGGGUGGUCGGGAGCCGCAGCUGCAGGCGCACUGGGCAGAUUUUACCAGGGAAACGUCUUCCCUGGCCUGAGGGCCCCUGCACGCAAGGCCAGUUGUUUGGGUGGUUUGGGUGUUGAUGCCCUACGCUAGUGAACGCUGUUCAGCAGAGGGGCUGGGGCAGCAUUUGAAAGUGGUCAGCGUGAGCCCUGUCCUGUCGGACGACUCCCUCCUGCGCACAGCUGCCGCCUAAUGGAGAUGCAGGGGUGGGCCUGCCCUGUUAGACUUUCAGAUUCCCGUUUGUCUGCUGCCCAAAUCUAAGUAAAUACUCUUGCUAAUAGAUAAUUGCUCUUUUACUAAGGGAUAAUCUUUACCUAUGAAAGUGUAUUUUGAAAACUUAUUUUACACAGCAAUUUUGUAUCCAUUGAAACUAACCUUUUAUCAAUAAAGCACUAUUGUUUAGAUACUGAGAA